AUGGGCAAUCAUACCACAGUGAGCACAUUCCUUCCGUGGGGGUUUUCCAGUUUCCCAGACUUGCAGGGUCUUCUCUUUGUGAUGAUUUUCUUCUCCCAUGUGACCAUCCUAGCUGCAAAUGUUUCCAUAAUGGUGACCAUCAAACUCAGUCACAGCCUUCAUACCUCCAUGUUCUUUUUCCUCUGUGGCCUGUCCUUUCCAGAAAACUGUACCACUAUGGCAAUCAUCCCCUGCAUGUUAGUGGACUUGCUUUCUGACAGCAAGACCAUUUCUCUUCCUGAGUGUGCCACACAGGUGUUUUUCUUCUUUGGUUCGGCAGCCAAUAACUGCUUCAUCAUGGCUGCCAUGUCCUAUGACCAUUAUACUGCCAUUCACAACCCACUGCACUACCGCAUCUUGAUGACCCAUAAGAUCUGCUUUCAGUUCAUCAUGGCCUCUUGGAUGGUUGGGUUCCUGGUUUCCCUGUGCGUCGUCAUCAUUGUAUUCAACUUGUCUUUCUGUGACUCCAACAUCAUCCAGCACUUCUUCUGUGACAUCUCACCUGUGGUCUGCCUUGCCUGUGACCACACCUCCCGUCAGGAAAGGGCUAUUUUUGUGCUCUCUGCCUUUGUGUUGGUGGGCAGUUUUGUCUUCAUCACGAUGUCCUAUGUCUUCAUUGUGUCCACAGUUGUAAAGAUGCCCUCUGCCCAGGGGAAGGAUAAGGCCUUCUCCACUUGCUCCUCCCAGCUCACUGUGGUGUGCAUACACUACAAAUUUGCUGGCUUUGUCUACCUGAGGCCCAGGGACAGGGACUCGUUGCGUGAGGACAUGCUGAUGGCUGUCACAUAUACAGUGCUGACACCUCUGCUGAGCCCCAUCGUGUACAGUUUCAGAAACAAAGAGAUGCAGAUGGCCCUGAGGAAGGUACUAGGCAAGACAGAUAGGCUCAUUCCACAGUUGGUGAAUAAAAGGACACUGGACAUUUAAAAAUGUAUAGACUGCUGAUAAAUAAAAGUAGAAAAAGUGGAGUAUUUCCAAUGAAAUCAUCUCUUUGUGUACAAAGCAAUUAAAGUAUUAACUAAUUACCUAAAAUAUCCUGACAUCACCAUUUUUCUAGUACAGUGUAUAGUUUUAAAAUAUGUGUAAACAUGUUUGUGUGUGGUGUACACAUACAUACAUAUAAGCAUCCUUAAAGAAUCCAAACUUGUUUUGUAACACGGUAUUUUCAUGAUAGGUAUCUGGUGUCUUUUCUAAGAACUUUCUGACUAGCCCUGUAUCUUGAACAUUUUCUCCUACUUUUUUCUAAAGGUUUAUAGUUUAUAGUUGUACAUUUUACAUCCAGGUCCAUGUUCUAUUUUGUGUUAAUCCUUAUGUAAGGUGUGAGGUUUAUGUCAAGGUGCUUCUGCCCUCCAUGGAUGUCUCAUUGCUCCAGCACCAUUUGUUGAAAGGCCUUCCUUCUUUCAUUGGAUUGCUUUGGUACCUUUUUAAGAAAAAUCAGUUGGGCACCCUUGUAUGGGUCUUUCUCUGGCUUCUCUAGUCAGCCUCUCUGAUUUGUGUGUCUAUUCUUCCACCAGUAACACCCUGUCCUGAUGACUGUAGCUAAGGAGUAAGCCUUAAUAUCACGUGAAGUGAUUCUUCCCACCUUAUUCUUG